AUGAAAUCCAACCGUGACCCAUUCAACCAUAGUGGCGAAGUGCUGGAUGUCAAUCUUUCCGCACUCGCUUCUCCUCCGGAACCGAUUUUCUCCGACUAUCUGGAGUUGGCUUCACUUGUGUUGAUGUUCAUCAUUGGGGCACCACUUAAUCUUGCCGCCUAUACUCAGGAUCCAGCCAAAACUGACAUACACAUAUCCAUAGCUGAUUACCCACAUUACUAUGAAUUUGAUUAUUUCUGUCCAUGUAGCUCGACGGAGGCAAUAGAUCAAGGGAAGCCAAAGAUAUUAGCCGAAAGACAAGUAACAAGUCGACUCGAUCUACUGAAACGAAACUUAAACUAUGCGGAUCUGCUGGUGAUUUUCGUCUACGUACCAUCCAGAGCAUGUUGGUUAUUGACAUAUGAUUGGCGAGGAGGUGAUCUACUUUGUCGAGUCGUAAAAAUGAUGCAUACGGUAGCGUUUCAGUCCUCUUCAAACGUCAUCGUAUGUAUAGCACUGGAUCGACUCUUUUCCGUAUUCUCAGCUACACGACACUCUCCUGACAAAGCUAAUCGACGCAUCCGAAUUAUGCUCUCGGCAGCAUGGAUAAUCGCCUUCAUGAUUGGCCUUCCUCAGUUAUUUGUAUGGAGGAGUUACGUACCAUUCGAACACCUCAACUGGAGCCAAUGUCUGCAGAUUUGGGAAAUUGCACGAAUAGAGAAUGCAACCAUUAGAGGUCGUCUAUUCGAUGCUGAAUCAUGGUACUCCAUAGCUCAUAUUGGAUUGGUUUUCUGGAUUCCAGCCCUGAUUGUAGUGAUGUGUUAUGUGAUCGUACUGACGUGGGUUUUCAUCAAUUCACGGCCGUCCAUCUCUAUAUCAGGAAAACGUACCGGAUCCCUUCAAACUGGUUGCGAGACGGUGGACACGAUGUUGACAAGAGCAUCAGAAUGGAAUCCUCUGAAAACGUUUUCAUUGACGAAAAUGAAGGAUAUGAAAGAAGAAAAGUGCACAGGACCUCCACGGAUAGUGGUCUCGGACGAGUCAUCCGUGCCACUAACGUCACGACCAUCGAUCGCUUCCAGUGAAGCGAGCGCUGUGAUCAGGACUAGUGUGCAUAACAGUCAAUCAUACCACGCAAGCGUCAACAGGUCAAGAGCAGUUCGAGUCUCGUUUUUGCUGGUUGUUGCAUACAUAAUUUGUUGGCUACCGUAUAAUUUACUGAGUUUGGUGCACCUAAUCGACUCACAGUUAUUCGCCAAUAGUUUUAACAAGUUGUACUUCCUGCACGAGUUCAUGGUUUUCAACUCAGUCGUAAAUCCAUACCUUUACGGCUUAUUCAGCCAUUCGGACAAGAUACGGAGAAGAAUUCACGAGUAA